AAUUUUUUUUCUUAACAUGCAGCGAAAGUGACACGAAGGCAACAGAUUUAAAAAACCAAUAGGAAAGGGAAAGCGAUUGUAUUUCUUUAUUCUAUUUGUUGUUGCGCCCAAGAAAACGGAAGGAAAUUACCGCCAGGAUGUCGAGCGCAAUCGAUGAACUGCAGGCCAUCAUUGCGGAGCUCAAGAGUGAGCUGGAUGAGCAACGGACGAGCAGCCACCAGGCUGCAGCUCACCGCGAACGCAUCGAACGGAUGUCAGCGGAGGUGGUGGACUCCAAUCCCUACAGUCGCCUGAUGGCUCUCCAGCGGAUGAACAUUGUGAAGGAGUACGAGAGGAUCCGUGACAAGACAGUGGCCAUUGUGGGAGUCGGCGGCGUUGGCAGUGUCACCGCCGAUAUGCUGACGCGUUGCGGCAUCGGCAAGCUGAUACUCUUCGACUACGACAAAGUGGAGCUGGCCAACAUGAAUCGUUUGUUCUUCACGCCCGACCAGGCUGGCCUGUCCAAGGUGGAGGCCGCUGCCCGCACUCUGGGCUUCAUCAAUCCGGAUGUACGCAUCGAAACGCACAACUAUAACAUCACAACGGUGGAGAACUUUGAUCGCUUCCUCGCCACAAUCAUGGAAUGCGGCACGGUGGCGGGUCAGCCAGUGGACUUGGUGCUUAGCUGUGUGGACAACUUCGAGGCACGCAUGGCCAUCAAUGCGGCGUGCAAUGAGCGCAAUCUAAACUGGUUCGAGUCGGGAGUAUCGGAGAAUGCCGUUUCCGGUCAUAUCCAGUUCAUCCGUCCCGGUGACACGGCCUGCUUUGCCUGUGCCCCGCCUCUGGUUGUAGCCGAGAAUAUUGAUGAGAAGACAUUGAAGCGGGAGGGCGUGUGUGCUGCCUCCCUGCCUACCACAAUGGGCAUUACGGCUGGUUUUCUCGUCCAGAAUGCUCUGAAGUACCUGCUUAACUUUGGCGAGGUCUCCGACUAUUUGGGCUACAAUGCCCUCAAUGACUUCUUUCCCAAGAUGACGCUUAAACCGAAUCCGCAGUGCGACGAUCGCAAUUGUUUGCUUAGGCAAAAGGAAUUCCAGGCACGACCAAAGCCCGUUCAAGUGAAGGAGGAAGUGGUCAGUGAUGAGCCCCUGCAUGCCACCAACGAAUGGGGUAUCGAGCUAGUGGCCGAGGAUGCACCGCCCAGCAGUAAUCCCGAACCAGCCCCAGCCAUGGAAGUGGGACACGGCCUGAAGCUUGCCUACGAGGCUCCCGAAAAGACCAGUGAAGAUGCGCCGGUUGCAUCCGUGGCGGCGGCAGAUGAAACCAGCCUGGAGGAUCUGAUGGCACAGAUGAAGUCGAUGUGAAUGAAAUUCCAUUAUAUUUAUAGACUCUAAAUGGCCUUUGUUUUGUAAUUGAUAUUUUUGUAUCACUUUUUUUUUCUUUGCUAUAAAAAAUUAUGUGUGAUUGUGCAUUUAAUCUUGCAAAUACAUAAAUUUUGAUAAAAUUUA